UCCGCCCGGGAACACACCCGUGCCGGAUGUACCGGAGGUGGGGUGGCCGCAUUUGGGGGCGGUUUUUGGGUGAUUUUGGGGCGAUUUUGCGGACCGGGAGCCCCACGAAGAGAAGCGAAGCGCGGCGCCGGGGAAGUUUGGCCGCUGCGCCGUCCCGUCUGUCACCACGGCAACCGGAGCGCCCGCCAUGGCGGCGCCCAGCGUGUUCCUGCUGGCCGUGAGCGGCGAGAUCGAGAGCGGGGAGUUCCCAGGAUUCGAUGACCUCUACUGCAAGUUCUCCUUUGUCUACGGCCAGGACUGGGUCCCCACGGCGGGCCUGGAGGAGGGAAUCUCGCAGAUCACCUCCAAGAGCAGCGUCUCACCCACCACGCUGGUCUGGAACUUCCCCAUCGACAUCACCUUCAAGAGCACCAACCCUUUUGGCUGUGAGUGCCGGGGGGGGUCUGGCCCUGGUGCCAAAGCCCCCCCUCACCCCCAUUUCCUUGCAGGGCCACAGAUUGUGCUCAGUGUCUACGGGCCUGACUUCUUUGGCCACGAUGUGGUCAGGGGUUAUGGAGCUGUGCACGUGCCCUUCGUGCCAGGCAGGCACAAAAGAACCAUUGCCAUGUUUGUCCCAGAGUCCACCUCGAGGCUGCAGCAGCUCACAAGCUGGUUCACAGGGAGGCGCCCGGAAUUCACCGACCCCAAAGUGGUGGCACAGGGAGAGGGACGGGAAGUGACCAGGGUGCGCUCCCAGGGCUUUGUCACCGUUUCCUUCAACGUGAUGACCAAAGACCUGCACAAGCUGGGCUACGACGUGGGCCAGGGGCCUGGGCCCCAGGGGCUGCAGGGCCUCUGAGCCCCCCAAACCCCAGGGGCUGCAGGGCCUCUGAGCCCCCCAACCCCAGGGGCUGCAGGGC